UGUUGGUCAAGUAUAAACGUCCCUGUAAGUGGUUUAACCAGUACAAAUACACACAACGAUUAGGAGGCCAUUUCUAUAAGACUAUUCAACGUGCAGUCGCAGAGAAGCUAUUAGGACACAGGGACCAUGUCGUCUGAUCCCGUAGUGUGCAUCAAGGAUUUAGAGAAGUACGCCUUGGCUCAUAUGAGCAGGAACGAACGCGGUUACUCAAGUAAUGGUGCCGGGAAGUGUCAAACACUGCGAGAAAACGAGGCGGCGUUCAAAAGACUUCGUCUCAGACCGAGGUUCCUCCGUGACGUGUCGGUGCGAGACCUAUCCACCACUGUCCUGGGACAGAGAGUAGACAUGCCGAUAGGAGUUAGCCCUAUGGGUGCCCUCGGUCUCUUCUCUCCUAACGGCGACCUCGCUGCAGCAAAAGCCGCAACUCGCUUGAAGACGUGUAUGAUAUCAUCCACAUCCUCCAACUCCACACUUGAAGACGUUAUGAAGUCCAGUCCUGAAGGUCUUAAGUGGUUCCAGCUGCAAGUACGACCGGACAGAGACUCCACCAAGAAGAUGGUACAGAGAGUGGAGCUGGCCGGUUAUAAGGCACUAGUGGUGACAGUAGACGCCUCCUAUGUGGGAAGGCGGUACCAGGAACUUAAGAAUGGGUUCAAGCUUCCGCCGCAUCUCAAGCCUCUCAACUACGGCAAGAACGUCGUCCAGGAUCAUGUCAGAAAUCGCGGACACGACCCGGCCUUAUGUUGGAAGGACAUCGCCUGGCUGAGGUCCAUCUGUAGUCUUCCCAUCAUCCUGAAGGGCAUCCUGACGGCUGAGGACGCUCGGCUGGCCGUACAGCAUGGAGUGGACGGGAUCCUGGUGUCCAACCAUGGAGGCAGGCAGCUGGACGGCGUACCUGCUACGAUAGAAGCCCUCCCUGAGAUAGUUCAGGCAGCAGGUGAGAAGUUAGAGGUGUACAUGGACGGUGGGGUGCGGACGGGGACAGAUGUUCUCAAGGCUCUCGCUCUCGGCGCAAGGGCAGUGUUUGUCGGCCGGCCUGUUAUAUGGGGGCUGUGUUAUGAUGGUGAAGAAGGCGUGGCCAAGGUGCUCAACAUUCUUAAAGAGGAAUUCAGCCUUGCAAUGGCUCUGUCGGGUACACUUUACAAAAUCCUUUUGUCAGCUUCGUAUUUUCACAUGACAUAUAGGUGGUAG